UGUGGUGCAACUAUAUUUGACAAUGAGGUAUAUUGAACUUGUCCAUGCUGUGCAUUAGUUGUUCACCUAACCUCUUCAUCUGUAACACGAUUUAGCUGAAACAAUGUCAAAGAAAAAGAAAGUAAGACUUUACAAUAAAAAGAAAAAACUAAGCGAAACAACAGUAAUUGCAAAUCUACAAUCUAAAUAUGAUACUAUCGACGAAACAAAAAUAACAAAAUUUACAGAUCUUCCCCUUUCAACAAAGACUUUAAAAGGUCUCGCAGAAAAUGAUUAUGUUGAAAUGACAGAUAUCCAGAGACAAAGUAUCGGAUUAGCAUUACGUGGUUGUGAUAUAUUAGGGGCAGCAAAAACAGGCAGUGGAAAAACUUUGGCAUUUCUUAUUCCAGUUUUAGAGAUAUUAUAUUGCAAACAAUGGACAAGGUUAGAUGGACUUGGUGCACUUGUUAUUACACCAACCAGAGAACUUGCUUAUCAAAUAUAUGAAAUGUUAAGAAAAAUUGGUCAUUAUCAUGAUAUUUCUGCUGGCCUUAUUAUUGGUGGAAAAGAUCUAAAAUUUGAAAAAAGACGUAUGGAUCAAUGCAAUAUUGUUAUAUGCACUCCUGGUCGUUUGUUACAACAUAUGGAUGAAAAUCCAUUAUUUGAUUGUGUAAAUAUGCAGGUAUUGGUAUUAGAUGAAGCUGAUAGAUGUUUAGAUAUGGGUUUUGAGCAAACCAUGAAUUCUAUUAUUGAAAAUUUACCUCCAAAACGGCAAACUCUUUUAUUUUCUGCUACACAAACAAAAUCUGUAAGAGACUUGGCCAGAUUAAGUUUGAAAGAUCCUAUGUAUGUAUCAGUCCAUGAACAUGCUGCACAUACCACACCAGAAGCACUUCAACAAAAUUAUGUUGUUUGUGCUUUAGAAGAUAAAAUUUCAAUGUUAUGGUCAUUCAUACGAAAUCAUUUAAAACAAAAAAUUAUUAUAUUUUUCUCUAGUUGUAAACAGGUAAAAUAUAUAUAUGAAGUAUUUUGUCGAUUAAGGCCUGGUAUAAGUUUGCUAGCACUUUAUGGUACUUUACAUCAACUUAGAAGAAUGGAAAUUUAUAAUACUUUCUGUAGAAAACAAUUUGCAGUAUUGUUUGCAACUGAUAUUGCUGCUCGUGGAUUAGAUUUCCCUGCUGUGGAUUGGGUUGUACAAAUGGAUUGCCCUGAGGAUGUAAAUGCAUAUAUUCAUCGUGCUGGGAGAACAGCUAGAUUUCAACGAAAUGGUGAAUGUUUGUUGGUUUUGUUACCUUCUGAAGAAAAAAUGGUUGAGAAACUUAAAACGUGCAAAAUUCCAAUAUCCAUGAUACAAAUUAACCCAAACAAAUUGCAAUCUCCACAACGUAAAAUGGAAGCACUAUUAGCAAGAGAUGUUUCAUUGAAAGAAACUGCUCAGAGAGCGUUUGUAUCAUAUAUAAAAUCAAUUUUCUUAAUGAAAGAUAAAGAGGUCUUUAAUGUUCAUGUAUUAAAUACUGAUUCAUUUGCAAGAUCUUUAGGUUUAGCUCUACCGCCAAGAAUUCGAUUCCUUCAAAGAAUGGAACAAAAACGGCAAUUAUCGAAUAAAAAUACUGAAGAGAAAAAACCACUUACUGUUAAUAAUGAAUUAAAUGAUAUAAAUGAAGAAAUGAAUGAUUGCAAAGACGAUGAACAAGAAAUUAAAUCUCAGUCGAUGAAUUCAACUGAUUUUACACUUGAUGAUAGUGAUGAUGAUAUAUUCACCGUGAAACGAAAAAAUAUUAAUCUUGAUGAUGUACAAAUUGGUAUCACUGACAAACAAGACGAAGGUUUAAACAAAAAGAAAGCAGUUACUAAAGCUGCAGCAGCUAAAAAAGUUCUUCGAAAAAUGAUAGUACCAAAUAAAAAAAUUACUUUCGAUGACAAAGGAGAGGAAUUGCUAAAUCCCUCUAAACAUAAAAUUUCUGAACUAGCUAGACAAUAUGAAAAUGAAGAAGAUUCUGGAAUUAACAUAGAGAUAGCUAAACAGAUAUUACAUGAGGAAGACAAGUUUGAUAAACAACGUUUUAGGGAAAAAAUAAAAGAGAAACAUAAAGAAAAAAAACGAAAAUUAAAAGCCAGUAAGAAAAUAGAUGAUAAAAAUGAUCAAGAUGAAACUGAGGAUAAUAUAAGUAAUUAUACCAGUGACGAUGAAUACAAUGGUCCAGAUUUAUCUUGGUUACCAGAUCCAGAUAAAAUUUAUGGCAAACAAGAGGAAAAUUAUUCAGAAACGCAGGAAAGUGAAGAGGAAAGCAAUAUACAUAGGCCAUCUAAAAGAAAACUCAUAACGCAAGAUGAAUUCAAAAAGAAAAAGAAACAAAAAUCUCUUAAUGUGGACAAUACAGAUUUAAAAGCAGAUGAGGAAUUAGUGUUACAACUUUUACAAAAUUAAAUUAUGUAUAUAUCAGGAUUUUAAUGAUUUUUAUAUAUUCUAUAAUACAAUAUUGUUAAUA